AUGUUUCAAUAACGAUUUGAUUAUCUCAGAUUGCCUGGCUUUGUGGCAGAUAAUAUUAUAUUGGAUCCUGGGAGUAUAAAAAUAGGAGUUGGUUAAAAUGCAAUCAGAAAGAUUUUCAAAGUGCAAGAUUACGAUUAAUUUGAACGAAUGCAAAUAAGUGCAAUAGCCUAAGCAUUAUAAAAGAAUCAGAAAUAUGAUGCGAAUAUCCAUACAGAUGAUCUUUUACUUAGAUAUCUUUAUGCCAAUAAAUUCAAUAUUGAAGCCUCAGUGGAUGUAAUCACAAUUGAUCAUUCUAGCAAUUAAUUAGAACAAGUGACAUCGUGUUUUAGCCCGGUUUCAUGUAACUUGAUAAAGAAGUGGAGUAACUCUACUUUAAAGGUGCCCUUUAUAUAGAGGGUAGAACCAGAUAGCACAUUCCCUGUAUAGUAGUUUCUACAAAGUUGGUGGAUGAUUUGGCCAUUAUUCGAGAGAGCAACAAUUAUUUUGUGUGCCAUCAUCGAGGAUUAUAUGUUUUAUAGUGGCAAAGUAGAGUCCUGGAUAGCUGUCAUUCAAACUAAAGAUCAGAGUGCUUACAAAAUGCCAUUGGAUAAAAUAUUUUCCAUCAUUAAGAUUUUGUAGACUUGCUUCCCUAAUACUUGUGAUGCCAUAUAUAUUCUGAAUGCUACUCUAUCUAUCAAUCUACUCUGGUCAUAAAUUGAAGUAGAAUACAUCAGUCCUAUCACUCUAGGCAAAAUCAAAUUCUUGAAGGACAAAGAGUUACCUAUAUUAUCCAAUUAAUUCCAUCCUGAAUAACUGGAACAAUCUUUGGGAGGUGAGAAGAUUCUUUAAUCAUUUUGGCCACCAGAUCCCAAUGAUUACAUGUAUGAUCAACCACCUCAACAAUAAUAACCAUUUUAUGAGUAUGAAGAAUAACCUUAGGUCUUCUUUUCUGAUAACAAUAACCUCUAAUACAUGAAUGAAGCACCUAUUUUACAUGAGGAAAUUCCACCACCUAUUCCUGUUUAAAAAUAACCUGAAUCUAUUCAAGAAGAUGUUGUUUAGAAUGUCCCUGAAAAAAAGAAAAAAUGCAUUUGUGUCAAAUGUUCCAGAGACUUAGAAAAUUUGAAUUCCUAACCUCGUUAACGAUAGCCUUCUGAACCAUAACCUGUUAAUAAACCUAUAAUACCAUAAUAAGAGCCAUAAAAGUAAGUACCUCAGUAAUUGAAUGAUACUUAUGUCCCAUAUGAGAGAAGAUAUGAUAGUUUCAUUAAUGAUACUAGUUUAUUAAUCCCUAAAACUAUGAAUGAGACUAUCUAAUAAGAUAAUAAAGAUGAACAAUAAUUUGGAGGUAAUUCUUUCAACAAUUCCUAAUAAUAACAAUUUGGACAACAACCUGAAGCAAAUUAAAAGCCUAACAAACCCUCUUUCACAAAUCCCUUUUACAAUGCUGAUUCUAUGCAAGGAUCUCAACAAAUAGAACCAAAACAACCUCCAGUAAUUUCAAAUAAAGUUAGUUAAGAAAUUCAAGCUAAUAUGGAUGAUACCAUAAUAGAUGAUAAACCAGAUUAUUAACCUAAAUACGUUAGCAAACAUAGUCGACCAUAAUAAUCUAGCAAUUUUAUAAACCCGUCUCAAUCAAGUCGUCUAACUAAUAACAACCCAAAUCUUUACAAUUUUCAAAACAUUCCUAGUUAUAAUCCAAUCAAUUAUGCUUAGCAUUCAUAAUAAACUCCCCAAUCCUAAUAGUAUAUACCAACUCUCCAAACCUAACCUCAGAGUCAAUAAUAUAUCAACUUAGAAUCUUAAUUCUAAAAGAUCGAUGUGAUAUAAUAGUAGCCUGUUUAAGUACAAGAAUUUGAAAAUACUAAUUACAAUCCAAACUAAUCCUAUUAUGCUCCAUAACUCUCCAAUGAUCCAAAAAAGAAAUAUGACUUUAGUUAAUGGGAUAAAUAUAAUGAUGGCAAUGACACUGUGCCCAUGUAACCAUAUGUUCCAAUAUCAAACACUUAUACAAGUCCUUAUGUACAAUAGAGUCCCCUACCCAAUUAUAAUCUAAGUGAGGACUAUAAUAAGAUGUACGAUACUGCAAAUGAUUACAAGCCAGGAGAGUUUAGACCAUCAACCUACAACUUCACUCCUUAUGAAUAUAGAUAUAGUGAUUAAUAGUAAUUUUAGCCAAAUGCGACUAAAGAGAAUGGAACAUAAUAAUUAUAUCAAUAAAAACCAGGAUAGUAAGCAUGUUAAAUAUUUUGA